UUAAAAUAUGUUUGAGAUAUUGUGAUAAUGAUGAAUACAAAGUAUUAUUAUUGCACCACUCAAGUUUUGUUAAAUAGUAUACAGUGGGAUCCAACGUGUGUCAGAAAACAAUAAACUAAGAAAAUGUUCAAGUAUAUAAUAACAACACAAACACAAAGAUUUUAUGUUCCUUAAACCACUCACUCUUCACAAUGGAAAUGAUGUUGAUCUCUGUUUGUUUGGCCAUCUUCUUAGCUUUUCUCUUCCUUAAACCACUCUUCACAAAAACCACCACCACCAAACUUAACCUACCACCGUCUCCAUGGCGACGAUCGGAAACCUCCACUAGCUCAGCCUCCACCCGCACCGCUCUCUCCAUUCCCUUAGCCUUCGCUAUGGGCCACUCAUGCUCCUUCACUUUGGUUGCGUCCCUGCGCUCGUAGUCUCUUCCGAUGACGUAGUUUAUGACGUCAUGAAAACACACGAUCUAAAAUUUUCCAAUCACCCGAAAACAAAAACGGUCGAAAAACUUAUUAAAGGGACAGAAAUAGCCAGCCUUUUCCCCCUACGGAGAAUAUUGGAGGCAGAUGAAGAGUAUUUGCGUCAUGAAUCUCCUUACCAACAAAACCAUUCGAUCCUUCGAGGAUAUAAGAGCAGAGGAGAUCAACGUCUUAAUGGGGAAGCUUGAGAAAGCGAGUUCUUCUUAUUCACCAGUAAACCUAAGCAAGCUCUUCAUUAAUUUGUCAAACGAUUUUAUAACCAGAGUCGUCUUGGGGAAAAAAUAUAGCACUGAGGGAGGUGAAUAUAUUUCCCAGAACGUUGUGAGAAAAUUCAUGGAGCUCGUGGGUACUUUCCCUCUUGGAGAUUUCAUUCCCAAGCUGGCGUGGGUAGAAAAAAUACCAGGUUUGGAUAAGAAAGUGGAGGAAGUAUACAAAGAGGAUAUGUUGUUUGGGGCAGCGACAACAACUUUCGCAUUAUUAGAGUGGACAAUGACAGAGCUUAUGAGACAUCCAGAGUGUAUGAAGAAACUCAAAGAUGAAAUUCAUUUUGUUUCAACCCAUAACUUAUAUGUAACGGAGCAAGAAGCUGAGAAGAUGAGUUACUUAAAUCUUGUAAUCAAGGAGGCGCUUCGACUACAUCCCGGGGUUCCAAUAGCUCCCCGACAAUUGAGUGAAGAUGUUAAAGUACAUGGAUACGACAUAGCUGCAGGAACACAAGUGUUAAUCAAUAUAUGGGCAAUCCAAAGAGACGUUUCAGCUUGGGGACAAGAUGCAGAAGAGUUAAGGCCAGGGAGGCAUUUAGAUACGGUUGUAGAUUUUCAAGGACAAAAUCUAAAGUUUAUUCCAUUUGGAUCAGGGAGAAGGCAAUGUCCUGGAAGUGGAUAUGUAGUAGCCUUGGUGGAAGUCACAUUGGCCAACCUAGUGUAACGGUUCGACUGGAAAGUUGACGUAGGAGCAAUGGGAGAUGAGAAGCCCGAUAUAGCUGAAGCUAUUGGUAUUGAUGUUUGUCGCAAGGACCCUCUUAUUGUUUGUCCAUCUUCUGUUUAAUAUUUCUUUAAAAGUCGUUUUAUGCGCGAAAUAUGUUAAAUAGACUAAAAAGUGUAAGUAAACUUUUUGUAGAAAAAGGAAAAAAAAAGAGUGAGAAAACUAGGUAAAAGACAGCUUGUGUCAAAUCAA